AUGGGAACCCGGGCAUUUUCCCAUGACAGUAUUUUUAUCCCUGAUGGGGGAGCAGAAAGUGAGCAGACAGUUCAAGCAAUGUCACAGGACAACAUCCUGGGCAAAGUCAAAACUCUUCAGCGACAGUUGAGCAAAAACAUCAAGUUUGGGCGGCCACCACCCAGUGCCAUUCCCAUGAAGAAGGCAGACAGUGGUGAGGCCAGCUUAGAAGAGGAUCUGCUCCUGACCAGUCCCAUGGAGAUUGUGACUCACGAGGACGUCCCCCUCUCAGACACCGAGCACAAACCCAGUGACCCUCCAAGUUCUCAGAGUCCUCUGAAUCUGCCUGGAGCCAGAAGUGAGAUGGAAGACAAGGUGGCUCCUGUUAAACCAUCUCGGCCAAAAAGGCACUUGUCUUCUGCUGGAACCAUCGAAAGUGUCAACCUAGACGCCAUCCCCCUAGCCAUCGCUCGCCUGGACAACAGUGCCGCCAAGCACAAGCUGUCCGUAAAGCCAAAAAACCAGAGGGUGUCCAAGAAGCACCGGCGACUUGCCAGGGAUGGACCAAAUGAACAUGGUGGCCUUCCCUAUCAGCUCUCGCCGGACCAGAACGGACACUCGGGAGAAGACAAGCCAGUCUGGCAUGAAGAAGAGCCAGAGCUGCUGGACUCUGAAGAAGAGAAGAGAUGCCAAGAGGAAUACUGGCUGGAACUUGAGGCCAAGUGCAAACGGCAGAAGGCCGAGGCAGCAGAGAGGAGACGUCUGGAAGAGCAGAGACUCCAGGCCCUGGAGAGGAGGCUUUGGGAGGAGAACAGAAGGCAGGAACUCUUGGAGGAGAAAGGAGAAGACGAGGAGGGAGAGGGGGCAGAACUACAGCUGGAGGCAGAAGAGAGGCAGCGCCAAGAGGAGAGGCAGAGACUGGAAGAGCAAGGUGGCCAAGGGCGGAGGGAUCAGGAGCAGCAGGAAAGGGAGGAGCAGCGGCGGCUGGAAGAGGAGCAGCAGAGGCAAAGGGAGGAGCAGCUGCGUUUGGAAGAGGAGCAGCGGCGUUUGGAAGAGGAGCAGCGGCGUUUGGAAGAGGAGCAGCGGCGGGAGGAAGAGGAGCAGCGGCGGGAGGAAGAGCAGCGGCAGCUAGAAGAGGAACAGCGGCAGCGGGAGGAGGAGGAGGAGCAGCGAGAACAGGAGGAGAAGCGGUGGCUGGAGGCAGAGGCAGCUGCCAGGAGGAGGGCAGAGCUGGGAAAGCGGGAGCAAGUGGAGGCCCUGAGGAGGCCGGAAGGGGAGCAUCGGAAAGCCGGGAGAGUGCACGAGGAGAAGUGGCAGCAGCUGGACGAAAAAAGGGGCUUGGGGAGUCCAAAGAUGGACUUUGCAGAGAAACCCCGGAAACGAGAGCACCUGCUGCCCGAGAAGCAAAGCGAAAGCUCCGAGGAAUCUAAGAUUGGCGAGAAGCAGAGUCAGGAGGCCGCGCCAGCCGGAGAGCAGCAGGGACAGCGCGGGGACGGUCGGGAGCCUGACCGUCGUGCGCGUCAGGAAGAGAGACCAGAAACUAGCGCGCAGCCUCCCCAGAAACAAGAGGUGCAAGUGGAAGAGACUCCUGGGGAGAAGAAGGAAGCCGCUGCCCCAGAAAAAGACAGAAAGGGGGAGGAACUCCGGUGGCAGGAAGUGGACGAGAGGCAGAGCAUGCCAAGGCCCUACACUUUCCAGGUGUCAUCGGGAGGGAAACAGAUUCUCUUCCCCAAAGUCAAUUUGAGCCCGGUGACACCCGCGAGAGAUGCGGGACUUGCCUCUGCUCCCCACGCGCCGAAGACCCCGCGAGCCGGCGCGACCUCCCACGCCCUGCCCUCCUCCCGGAGUGUACCCCACACAGCCAUUCUGGUCACGGGAGCGCAGCUCUGCGGCCCGGCGGUCAACCUGAGCCAGAUCAAGGACACGGCAUGCAAGUCCCUCCUGGGCUUGUCAGAAGAAAAGAAGCACGUUGACGUCCCUGCCCUGGAGAACCCUCCCCGAGCGCCUGUCGACCCCCGGGCAGGCAGCGGGAAGGUCAGGGCCGCCCAGGAGUCUCCGAGCAGUGCGGCCGCCCUCGCCGAAUGGGCGUCCAUUCGGUCCAGGAUCCUGAAGAACGCGGAGGGCGAGCAGCCGCGGCCCGGUGACGAGCACCCUCCCCGGGCCCGCAGUGAUUCCCGCGGGAACCUCCGGAGGACCCCCCCAGUAAAUGCCAAGUUCUCUAUUAUGCCCGCUUGGCAGAAAUUCUCUGACGGUGGCACCGAGACCUCCAAACAGAACACAGAAGCGGAGAGCAUGAGAAAAAGACCCUCGCUGGGACCCGGGGCGCCCCAGUCCCUGGCUACUAACGAGCUCCCCAAGGGUGCAGAGAAACCAGGGCCAGCAGACACCACGGAGGGGUGCAAAUUUGCCAAAGACCUCCCGUCUUUCCUUGUCCCCAGCCCUGCUUACCCGCCGCAGAAGGCAGUGGCCCAUGCGGAGCCCGGGGCCACUUCGGACGCUGAGACCAGCAGCGGGAGAGGGAAGCCAGACCCCUCGAUGCCCGGCCAGGAGGAAAAAGCCUCACCGUUUGGCAUAAAACUGAGAAGGACCAACUACUCCUUGCGCUUCCACUGCGACCAGCAGACGGAACAGAAGAAGAAGAAGAGGCACAGCAGCACGGGGGACAGCGCGGACGGCGGCCCCCCGGCCCCCGGGGGCACCAGGGGAGAGAAGGAGCCCGAAGCCGCGGCCGCCAAGCCGGGCCCGUCCCUGCCCCCUGAGAGGAAGCCCGGCCUGUCCGCCUGGAAGGACUCGGCCGAAAGGGCCCCCCCUUCUCCCGCCGCCGCCCCGGGGCCCCCACCGGCCGCGGAGCACGACCGCGCGGCCCACAGAACGCCGCUGGCGCCGAAGCCCGCGCUGGCCCCCAAGCCUGCGGGUCAGACGCCGCCCCCGUCGCCGCUCUCCAAGCUGAGCAGGCCCUACCUGGUGGAGCUGCUGGCCCGCCGGGCGGGAAGGCCGGACCCGGCGCCCGGCGAGCGGGCCAGGGAGCCCCGGCCGCCGUCGCCGCCGCCGCCCCCGGAGCCGAGGAAGCCGCCGCCGAGGGACGAGGAGGAGGCGGUGGAGCCCGAGCGCAAACCCGCUUCCCCGGCUCCGCAGGCCGCCCGGCCCGAGAAGCCCUGCCCGACCCCCGAGCCCGGGAGGAGAGAAAAGCCGGUUCUUCAGAGCAGGCACUCUUUGGAUGGCUCCAAAGUCACAGAGAAGGCGGACACCGCGCAGCCGCUGUGGAUAACGUUGGCGCUGCAGAAGCAGAAGGGCUUUCGGGAGCAGCAGGCCACGCGGGAGGAGAAGAAGCAAGCCAGGGAGGCCAAGCAGGCAGAAAAGCUCUCCAGAGAGAACGUCGGCGGCGGCCUGCAGCCCGGAGGCGGCGGCGGCGGCGGCAGGGCCGGGUCCCCGCACAAGGCCCGCGCCCCGCCGGAGGAGAAGCAGCCCGAGACGGCCGCGUCCAGGCUUGAGCGCAGGGAGCAGCUGAAAAAGGCCAACACGCUUCCUACAUCUGUGACAGUGGAGAUCUCGGAUUCAGCGCCCCCCGCGCCGCUGGUGAAAGAAGUCACAAAGAGGUUCUCAACCCCGGAUGCUGCCCCUGUGUCAACAGAACCAGCCUGGCUGGCUUUGGCCAAAAGGAAAGCCAAGGCCUGGAGCGACUGUCCGCAGAUCAUUAAGUAGAGUGACUUUCAUCCACUCCUACUGCCAGCUCUUGGCUCCUCUCUUGCCCUUGUUAUUUAUUUUUUAUAUGAGGUGAAGACACCACACUAGGGAAAAGCAGCAUGUGUUAUAGGCUCUAAAAUCAUGUGCAGAAACUGUAAAGAGUGUA